GUUGUCCUAAAAUUCCAAAAUACAGACUCUGAAAGUGAAAAUCUAAUCCAAAGCUCACAGGUGAUAUUAGAGAGGUUCCUAACAACCGGUCUCUCAGCUGACCGCCCACACUCGGCCGCACCGCCACCGCCAGAUUCCUCAAAAACUCGAUUCCAAAUCCUCCGAAUCGCAGAUCCGAAUCUCCCGCGCGCUGCAAUGGCGAAACUGAAACAAUAGCGACUGAAAACAUAAAAGUCUCCGAGCUCAGCUGAACAGCUUGUGUGGAGCUCCAAUGGCGGCGGCGAUGAACUCCCUCAAAGGCAAGCUCCUUCUGCUCUGCUUUCUCUUCAUUUUGUCAUCUCCUUUCUCCGUUCCUAAGCUUUUCGUCCAAUCUAACGAAACCGAAACCGAAACCGAAUCCGAAAUCGAGCUCAAUGCGCAACAGCAGGUAUUGCAGAGGCUCGAGGAAGUAGUGAAGAACCUAACCGAAAUAGUUGCGACAUUAGAAUUGAAAUUACAAUCGGAUCCUCCGAAAAAACCGGCUCCGAUCGACGAGGGUUUGACGGCGGUUGAAGAAAAGGAAAGCCAGAAGCCGAUCAAGCAGGUUGAAGAAGAAGCUGGGUCUGGUUCCGAUCGUAAAAUUGGAGAAAGGGCGAGGUCAGUUUCGGUAACGAAAUACAGCCCGUUCUGGUCCGACCGGUUUCAGUUCGUUUCCGCCGUGAAAUUGGAUUCCCAGGCCACGUGCAUUCACGUCCUGCCGUUUCAGGAUUUCGAGGGGGUUACGAAAUAUGUUGCCGUCGGAGACGAGAGAGGGCGGGUUUAUGUGUUUCUCAGAAACGGCGACGUUUUGGUGGAGUUUGAUACGUUGCUGGGGUCUCCGAUCAUGGCCAUGGCUUCCUUCAUGUCGGUUUACAAGAACGAGAGUUUCGUGGUCACCGGGCAUCAAAACGGUGUCAUUUUGAUGCAUAGGGUCUGGGAGGGAGCGAAUGGGGAAGAAUGGAGCUCGCUUAUGAUGGAAACCGUGACGAAAUUUGACACGGGCGGAGAAGGAUUGCCCGUUAAGAUUUUGGAGGUGCACCAUGUUGGGAGGUUGAGUUAUGUGUUGGCUAGUGAUGCGAGUGGGAAGAUUUCGGUUUACCGAGAGAAUGGUUCAGUUCACGGCUCCACAAUGCCGUCGAGCAGGCCGCUUGCUUUCUUGAAGCAGCGGCUUUUGUUCUUGACGGAGACAGGUGCAGGGUCUUUGGACCUGAGGACCAUGAAGGUUAGGGAGAGUGAGUGUGAAGGGCUGAACCGUUCACAUUCGCGUAACUAUGUUUUUGAUCCCACGGAGCGCUCUAAGGCGUACGGGCUUACAUCCGAAGGCGAUCUGAUUCAGGUUUUGUUGUUGGGGGAUAUAAAGAACUUCAAAUGCAGGGUUAGGUCCAAGAGAAAGUUUGAGAUUGAUGAGCCUUUAGCUUUUCAGGCUAUAAAGGGGUGUUUGCUUAUUGUUAGCAGGGAGAAGGUGUUUGUAUAUAAUGUUUCAACUCAGCAUUAUGUUAGGGUUGGCGCCCCUCGGAUUAUUUUCUCCGCUGGUCUCGAUGAGAUUAGAUCAUCGUUUCUCAAUUAUCAGACGGUGAAUGCAGAGAAGAGGAAUGUGAUACCUUUAAUCGCAAGUGACCGGGAAAGGCUUGUUGUUCUUGGCCUUGGCGGAGGGUAUGUGGGAAUGUAUCGCUCUAACCUUCCGGAAUUUAAAGGCGAAUUUAACACAAUGCUAUGGACCAGCCCUGUAUUUUUCUUUGUACUUUUCCUGUUUGGAGCGUGGCAAUUUUUUGCGAAGAAAAGGGAAGCGCUCACUUCAUGGGGAGCGGAUGAUCCUUUCAGUUCAACAUCCGGUACAACGGGAGGUCCACUGGGGGGAAGCAGCGCCGGAGACAGGAAGUUUGUGGACUCUUCUUCGAGAAAUCCUGAUAUGAUGGAGCUUAGAGGUGGUGACCUAAGAGGACCGCCGAGGAGGUAUCCCUCUCCUCCGCCCAGGUAUACAGGCGGAGCAACCAGUUCGUUUAGGCCAGGUACGACGGAUCAUAACGCUAGACCGUUAUCUGUCGAUCCUAAUUUUAGAACAACUUCAGAGCUAAAAUUUAGAGGGUCUGGAUUAGAAUCUUCGGGUUUUCCGAACCGGAGGGAGAGUUUGUUUGUAAACAACCAAGUAAUGGAUGAUAGCAGCUGACCUCUGCGAUCAAUUUCAUCAACUUUUUUUUUUUUUUUUUUUUUUAGGAGAAGUUCGUUUGAGAUUUAGUUGUUAGACCAGUUCAUUUGGCAAGUCAGGGCUAUUUGAAACGGCGUCAAAUCUUCUGGUCGUUGUGGGGUGCAAGAAAUGGCAAGCUAUGGAAUGAUAGGACGGACCCCCCUGAUGUUUGUGUCAAUCGGGCUGUACUGUGGUGGUAGGAAUUCACUCGAACCUCGGUGCUAGGGCAAGGACCUCGGGUACAAGUCCCCUCCAAAUGGGUUGCGCCACCAUCGGGGGCGUCUCAAAAUGAAUAUAGAUGGGGCCUGGAACUGGGACCGCAAUGUGGCUGGUUUUGGUGCUAUUGUCCGUGAUAAAACAGGAAACUUUGUGUCGGCAAAAUGUGGCAGGGAGGAGGAUGUAUUUUCACCUCUCCAAGCAGAAGCAGUGGCCUUGAGGGCAGGUUUGUCUUGGGCGGUUCACAGGGGUUUUGCAACAUAUUUCUUUCGAAAGCGAUUCACUUCAGAUUUUGGAGACCUCGUGCGAGUCCUCUCCAGAUUUGUCAUUCAUGGGGCAAAUUGUGGAAGAUAUCAAGGUGCUCCUCCCUUCAAUCAGGUAAAAUUAUCCACACUCUUCGCCAAGGAAACUCGGUUGCUUAUCGCCUUGCACGGGGUUGGUCUCUCGGUGCAACAAGAUUGUAUAUGGAAUGUUACUCCCCCAAGUAUUGUCUCUGACUUACUUGUGGAGGACAAUGUACUGCCAUAAUUGGCUCUGAAUGAAAUUUUCUUUCUUGUACCGUA